CCUCGUGGAUCUGUCAGACUGGAAACUAAAGGGUUAAUGUUACUGUACAGGACUGUGUGAGGUCUCUGCUCGUGUCUACUCGCUCUGUUAUACACUCACUGCAUGCUGCUUCUCUACUUUCAUCAUCAUUCCUAUAGCAGGUACCUGCUCACUCACCAUCCGGCAUGGAUGCGUUAAAAUCAGCGGGCAGAGCGAUGAUCAAGAGUCCGGGAGUCCCGCGGCACACAUGGGGAACCUCAAAGCACGAAAAGCUCCCAGAGAAUUGGACGGACACCAAGGAGACUCUGCUGGAAGGAAUGGUGUUUAAUGUGAAGUAUCUGGGCAUGACUCUGGUUGGCCAGCCAAAAGGAGAAGACAUGGCAGCAGCUGCCAUCAGGAGGAUUGUUAGCACGGCUCGUGCCGGCGCCAAAAAGUUCAGGAAGGUGACCCUCACUGUUUCUCCUAAAGGAAUCAUCAUCUCAGACACAGAGACCAAUGACCUCAUCGAAGACGUUUCCAUUUACAGAAUAUCGUACUGCACAACAGAUAAAACUCAGGAUAAAGUCUUUGCCUACGUUUCCCAAAGCCCAUUUAAUGAAACUCUGGAGUGCCAUGCCUUCCUGUGCCAAAAAAAGAAAAUAGCUCAGGCUGUGACCCUGACAGUCGCACAAGCUUUUAAAGUAGCUCUGGAUCUCUGGGAGAUAGCACAAGAAGAUAAAAGUAAGAAAACUCGCACAUGUGGUUCUUGUUCAGAACCCGAAUCUCAGCCAGAAUCAGAACCAAACAGUGUUACAGAGGAGGAAAAGACUCAAGCUUUGAUGGAGCACAAACUUCGGAAGCCCUUCUUCCCUGCAUUCCUUUCACCAUCUCCACGGAGCAACACUAGGAGACGACCAAUCAAACAUGACUCUUGGGAUGUGGAAGACAGCAUCGAUGAAGCAUUUUCGAGCAGUAAGGAGGUGGAAGAGAUGGACGCAGGUAAGUGAGGCUGGCGACAUCCCGCACCAGAACCGUGUCUGAAGAUGCAGCAGUGAGUCCACCAGAACGUCUUUUAUCCUUCAGCAGCGACGACUCCGACUGAACACAAACACACACUCCAACCAGCCAAUCAGAAAGUGUCCUCAACACCAAGCACAUUUACAUGCGGACUGCAGAAAAGAGCACUGCCACAAUAUCUACAGCACAACUGGAACACUUUGUACUAGCAAACAAUAAGGAAACAACUUACAGUAGAUGUGCACAAUUUCAAUAUUCAACUAUAUGAUUGAUAAACUGUUGAAUGCCAAUACUUUCUGGAAGAUCAGGGCAAGCUUAAGCUACAACGUGGAUAAAAUAACGUAUUCUUACACAUUUAAUACAUAUUCAAAGUAAUUUCUUUAAAACUGUUUUAAAGCAUUGGUGCUAUUUUUGGUCAUAUUAUUUAAAUAGGACAAUACAUUGAAAUGUGUACUACUUGAAAGAGACUGCAAAUAUGCCUGUUUUUCAGCCCAACAUUUUAAAUGUAUCCCGUACAGGUUUGAUAUACUGUAAUGCGCUCUUUUGCUUCUGCUUAUCAUAAUAUUUAACUAACCAUGUCAACAAAACUCUCAUCUGAAGAGCAGAUCAAAGCCGCUGCAAAGCUUUCAGGCAAUUAUUUUGCAUUAUUGAUAUUUACAUACUAUGUUUGUAUUUUGAAGUAGUAUUUGAAUUUGCAUACAAUAGGCCAGGUUGUUUUUGCUUAGGCAAUGAUUACAGAAAUAAAGCUGGAAUUAUUUUUACAUUGGGGUACACACCCGAAUAAAAUGCUGGGUUAUUUUCCACCCAGCUUUGGGUCAAAAGGGACGAACACAACCCAUUGGGUUGCAAUUUAACUUGCUGGGUUGUUUUAACCCAAAAUGCUGGGUUGUUUUAACACACUGUAAAAAAAUCAGUAGAAAUUGCAGCUGGGUUGCCGGUAAUUUACCGUAGAUUUAAAUUUAUGUUAUUUACUGGCAACAUUUUGUUCAAAAUUAAAUGAACAUUAAACAUUUACAAGUCUUUGUCUUUAUAGAGUAAAACUAAAAAAGCAGCAUCAAGCAAAACAUUCUGGUAAACAAAAUCUGAAGCAAAAAACAGAAAAAGGUUGAUGAUAACUUCUGGUUCCCAGAAUGCUUUGCAUGAGGCUGUUAUUGUAUAGUUUUAUUCUGUAAAGAUAUAUACUUGUUAAUAUUUAAAAUUUAUUUAACUUUGAACAAAUUCUUGCCAGUAAAUAACAUAAAUGUAAUUCUACGGUAAAUUACCGGCAACCCAGCUGCAAUAACAUUGUAAUUUCUACGGAAUUUUUUUACAGUGCACAUUGUUGGGUCAAACAUAAACUUUUUUGGGUCAAUUUAACCCAACAGCUGGGGUUGUCCCUUUUUAGAGUGCAGAAUGCAAAAAAUGAUUCAUUCAUUUUACUCAAUUUUUUAAGGUAAGUGGUUGCAAUCAAUUUAUUUACAUUUAAACAACAAUUUUUUUUGUUUAAAUGUAGCUUAAAUAAAUUGAUUGCACUUACCUUAAAAAAUAAAUUAAAUGAUUUUUUUCAGUGCACCCUUAGAAAUAAAGAUGCAAAAGUUGUGACUGGGCAGUACCCUUUAAAAAGGUACACAUUGGUAAAUGUGGCCUAAAAAUUGGCCUAAAAGAGACAUAAGGUAUAUAUAUCUUGGUACCUCAAAGGUACCUAUCUAUACAGGACAUUUUAAAGGAUACUGCCCCAUUGAAAGCAUACAUUUAUUUCUGAAAGUGUAUCAGGAUUUUUUCUUUUGAGGACCAACAUAUAUUUUGGGGAAAGGAUCCAAAACAAUCCAAAAAGCUUCUCAGUCUGGUUUCCAAAAGUUUUAUAAGUGUUAUAAAUAUGUACACGAUUGUGUUUCAUCUGGUUUUAUUGUUUGAACUUGUCUUAUGAAACUGGUGAAUUGUUACAUUUUCAACUUUCAAAUAUAUGCAACUUUAUAUAACGAACAGGGCUGCAUUUGUUUUUACACACUGCAACAUCAAAUGAGAUUAUUAAGCUUUCAGAUAUUACAUUAAUAUCAAAUAUUUGUCACAUAUUUACCAACUGUAGACUAGAUCUAAACAGAACAGUGGCUGUGAAAUCACUCACAAUUCAUUGCGUAUUUGAAGUAAUAAAAUGAAUACAAAGCCAGUGAUGAUAAAAGAUAUACUGUAUGCUUAUUAUGGCAUGCAUGAAUAAUGUUACACUAUCAACUCCUUAUAUCUCCUGAGCAAACAUCUAAAUCUAUGCCUAACGUGUAAUAAUCCAGUCAACAGGAUAUAAGAAAGGAUUAUCAAAGUGGAAAAACAACAUAUUGUGGAGGGGUUAUUUUCUCACAGUAAAUGUUUUUUCUGUAAGAUUUUGCUCUGCUUCAUUCUUGUGUUUCAACUGAUACUGACCUGUGCUGACAAUACCAAGGUCAUGGGUUUUAUAAAGUAGAGAAACGCAUUGAUUUAACUGACAUUAACACUGAACAUAAUUGAUCAAAUGUUCACUUGAAAUGCACUGUAAGGCUGCCAAAUGCACACACGUAAGCGCUGACCAAAGGUUAUUAAACCUUGGCCCUUAGAAAUAAAAUAUGAAACAUUUUUACAGUACAGAUAUUCUCUGAGUUUCUAAAAGCUACAGUUUAAUGUUAAAUCAUUAAACGCUGUCAUUCCAGCCCUUUUAAAGACCAAAGUGCACACUCGAAAGAUCUGAAUCACUCUAAAAUUGUUGAAACUUCGAUAAGGUCUUUGAUCCCAGUAGAUCUGUCAGCGUAGUUUUU